AUGCGCGCAGCGGCCUCUGCGGAUGACGCGGUCGGCCGGCGCUCUGGCCCGUGCGCCGCCGCCGAGGAGGCGCUGGCGGCAGCCCAGGCGCAGCCGGCGCCCGAGCCGCCCGCAACGGGCCCCGCGCCGGCGGCCCUGCUGCCAGCGCAGGACGCCGAGCGCCUGGUGGAGCGUCUCGGGCCCAGCGCCCGCGACGACGGGGUGGAGCUGCGCCGCGCCCUGGGCCUCCUGCGCCAGGCCAAGCUCGACCCGGGCCCCUCGCCCGGAGGCCUCGGGCGCGAGCAGGCGCUGCAGCAGCUGUGCGACGGCCUGCGCGCGCAGAACCACCGCCUCGCGCGGGAGAAGAGCGACCUCGAAGUGCAGCUCAGCGUGGCGCUGCGGGAGAACAGCGCCCUGCGCGCGCCGCUGGGCCAGGCGCGCAGCCGCGCCGCAGAGCUGGAGCAGCUGCUGUCGCUCGCGGGGGCCGCCGGCCCGCCCCCUGCGCAGCCUGUGGCCGCCAAGCUCCCCAGCGACCUGCGCGCGGCCUGCCGCGAGCAGCGCGCCGAGGCGGGCGGCCCCCCCGCGGAGCUCUCGAGGCCCAGCCCGCUGCAGGACACCGCGGCGUCCUUCGGGGAGCCCGACGCUGAGGCCACCCCGUCCGCCUCGUGGCUGGCCGUCCCGGCGGGCCCCGCGCGGCAGCCUCUCCUGGACGCCCCCUGGGUGCAGCCCUUUGGCCCGCCGCGGCCGGCCACCGCCGGCGCCCCAUCUGGGGCCGCGGGCGGCGCGGCCGCGCGGGCGCGCCGCGCCGCGGGGCUGCUCGUGCGGGGGCGCCUGCGGCCGGCCUCCGCCCACGCGCGGGCCGGCGAGGGGGCCGGCGGCGGCGCAGGCCAGGCGUCACGAGAUGCAGAGCAGGCAGAGGACACACAUGGCGAGUGCUGGGAGGAGAGGGCCGCGUGCGACGGGCACGCCUUGGGCACGAGGGGCGCCUGCUGUGACGCACAGGGCGCUGAGAGCAAGGGCAGCGAGGCUGCAGAGGAUGGUUGCGGUCCGCGAGGUCGUCCACAGACCCCAGAGCCCGGGCGCCCUGGUGGCAUCAGGCCUGAGGUGCACCCAGAACGUGGCACCGAGGAGCUGACCUACGAGGACGUCCGACGGCGCAGCUGCGACGCCCUCGACAUCCAGAGCGCGGUCCUGCCCGACGGGCGCACCUCCAGCCUGCUCCCGUCGUCCGUGUCUUUCGCCAUCGACGAGGGCCCCUCCCCCAGAGGAGGGCCUCUGAUGCUGGUGUGGCCGCUGGCCGACGCCGCGGCGCCGGAGCGCCGCGCCGCCGCCGCCGCGGCGGCCUCGCAGCCGGGGCGCAGCCCGGCAGACUGCCCGAUGGCGGUGUAUUUUGCUGCUGAGGCUCGAUCCGAGGUGCUUGCGGCCAGUUCUGUCCAGUCGUGCGCCUCUUCCGUCGUCCCGGAAGACCAUGCAGUCCACGCAGGGAAGCGUACGCUGCCGAGACCCUCCGUGACCGAGUCCGUUCCGUUUAGCAGCAGCGACGCAGACCAGUCGGCAAGAGCCGAUGCCGUUCUGCAGGGAGUGGGCAGCACUAGCCCAGCCGAGAAUCAGAUACCCGCAGCCAGCUCUGUCCACCCGCACGCGCCGUCCUCUCUGCCGGAAAGCCGCACCGCGCAGCCAGAGCAGCUGGCGGCGGCGUCCAUCGUCGACGGAUCGGCCUCAUCGAGAUGCAGUUUUUCAAUGUCGCCCUCACCGAUUGCUGUGUUGCCAGAAAUUAGCAGGGGCCUGGGUGAAUCCGAGGUGCCCCCCCCGACGAGCUCCAUCCAGUCGUCCUCGCCAGAGGGCGCCGCCACCCUGGCGGAGCAGCCGGCUGCGCCGCCCUCGAUGGCCGCAGCGGCCCCAUCGAGAAGCAGCGAGGCGGACCGCUUGACAAUGCAGUCUUCGGCAGCCAACGUUACCGAGUGCGCAGGGGUCAGCAAGAGCUUGGGCGGGCCUGAUGUGUGCGCAGCGAGCUCCACGCAGUCGCGCUCGCCAUGGGUUGCCGCCAUCCCGGCGGAAAUGCUGGCCAGAACGAGCGUGAGUGAUUACGAGCUGCCCGCGGCGACUCCGUCCAGUCGGGAUCGCUCGAGUUUGCCGCCCAGCGGAACGGCUGGUUGGCCAGGGCUGGGGUGGAUCCGAGGUGCCCGCGGCCAGCUCCAUCCAGUCGUCCUCACCAGAGGUGGCCGCCACGCUGAGGGAUCGGCCGUUGGUGGAGCCCCUAGCGACCGAAGCGAUCGCGUCUGGAAGCAGAGAGACCAUGCCGUCCAUGCCGUCUUCGGUGUCCAACGCCGCCCUGACAGCAAGGGUGAGCAAGAGCCUGGCCGGAUCCGAGCUGCCCGCGGCGAGCUCCGUCCAGUCGGGAUCGCUCGAGUUUGCCGCCAUCCCAGCGGAACGGCUGGUUGGCCAGGGCUGGGGUGGAUCCGAGGUGCCCGCGGCCAGCUCCAUCCAGUCGUCCUCACCAGAGGUGGCCGCCACGCUGAGGGAUCGGCCGUUGGUGGAGCCCCUAGCGACCGAAGCGAUCGCGUCUGGAAGCAGAGAGACCAUGCCGUCCAUGCCGUCUUCGGUGUCCAACGCCGCCCUGACAGCAAGGGUGAGCAAGAGCCUGGCCGGAUCCGAGCUGCCCGCGGCCAGCUCAGUCCAGUCGUGCUCGCCCGCCCACCUCGCGCGGCCGGCUGCGGCGCCCCUCGUGCCCGAGGGGGCCCCGCAGGAAGAGGGCGAGGCAGACCACCUGAUCUUGACCCUGUCGACCGACGCCUUCGCCACGCCGGCGCCCAGCUCCGUCCGGACGAGCCACGUCUCGCGCUCCCACGCGGACUUGCUGGUGUCUGCGUGCCUGCUGGCGGACUCGGGCCUCGGCUGCAGCUCGCGCGGCUCCAGCGCCGGAGGCCCCCCGAUGACAUCGAGUAUAUCACCAGCUCCGAAGACAGCGAACCCGAGACGAUCAGCAGCGGCGGGGGCGAGUACGUCGAGACAAUCUAG